AAUUGACGUUUGCUGGUUUGCAAUUCCGUCGGGAGUUUGCUUGUUGCGAUUAAAUUUUUUGAUUUUUUGAAUCAGUAACUAAGCAUUUAUUAAUUUAUGAGUGCAAAAACUGAAGUUUAGAAACUUGUGAAGAGGGGCUAUAAAAUCGGAAGGCCAGGAUGCCUUCAAUCGACGUAAUGCUGCCCCCGGGGCAAACGAUCGAGGAACCUGUGGAGGAGCCCCAGGCGCCGCCGCCGCCUGUUAUUGGCAUCAUAUACCCGCCGCCUGAAGUCAGGAACAUUGUUGACAAGACAGCAAGCUUUGUGGCUCGCAAUGGGCCUGAAUUUGAGGCCCGCAUCCGGCAGAACGAGCUCGGCAACCCCAAGUUUAACUUCCUCAACUCAGGGGAUCCCUACCAUGCAUACUAUCAACACAAGGUCAAAGAAAUCAGAGAAGGGAAGGGUACCGAGCUAGCGAUCAUCCCGGUGGGCCCGCCCCUGCAGCGGCCUGGGCUGGCGCCGGCCACCGCCGCUCGCCAGCAGGAGCUUCUCAAAGCCGCCGCGCCAGUAGAGCCGCCGCCUCCGCGGGACCCUCCUCCGGACUUCGAGUUCAUCGCAGAUCCCCCGUCCAUAUCCGCGCAAGACUUAGACAUCGUCAAACUGACCGCACAAUUCGUAGCGAGGAACGGACGACAGUUUUUGACAGACUUGAUGAAAAAAGAGGAACGCAACCAUCAGUUCGAUUUCCUUCGCCCGCAGCAUUCUCUGUUUCAGUACUUUACCCGGCUUUUGGAACAGUACACAAAGGUUUUACUGCCACCUAAGGAGUUAGUGUCGAAACUUAGCGGAGAGAUCAGGGGCGGGGUUCUGGAUCAGGCUCGCAGUCGGGCGGCGUGGCACGCGCACCAAGCUAGACGGAAAGCUGCCGACGAAGCGAGGAUCGAGAAAGAGAGAUUAGCGUACGCCUCGAUCGAUUGGCACGAUUUCGUGGUAGUGGAAACCGUGGAUUACCCCGCAGGGGAGCCAGGAGAUUUUCCUCCGCCGACGACGCCCUUGGAAGUCGGUGCGAGGGUUCUGGCUCAAGAGCGAGGGGAAGACAUCACACAGGGCAACGAAGAAGACGAUACGGAGAUGCAGUUGGAAUCCGAUACGGAGUCGGAUUCCGACGACGAGUUGGCCGAGAUGGAGGAUAGGACGCAACAGCAACAGCGGCCUGACGACAACCGCGUGCAGGACAUGGAGGAGGACAGUUCUUCGUCCGACGACGAAGGUCCCCCUGAACCUCCGAGGAUUUCCGGAGAAGAGGCGCCCCUACCACCCCGCCCCGAUCGCGUGGUCGUCAAGAAGUAUGACCCCAAGCGCGCUCGUCCGCAGCCGACCCCUGCGAGCGAGGAGUGGCUCGUGUCGCCCAUCACCGGGGAGAAGAUCCCGGCGAACAAAGUGGCGGACCACGUGCGGAUAGGGCUGCUGGACCCGCGCUGGCUGGAGCAGAGGGACCGCGCGGCCGCCGAGCGCUCCGACAGGGACGAGGCGCUCGCUCCGGGCGCUGCCAUCGAAGCCUCUCUUAAACAGCUCGCCGAGCGACGUACUGAUAUUUUCGGCGUGGGCGACGAAGAGACGGCCAUCGGUAAGAAGAUCGGCGAGGAGGAGAAGCGGCGCGACGAGCGCGUGACGUGGGACGGACACACGUCCAGCGUGGAGGCGGCCACUCGCGCCGCGCGCGCGCACAUCACGCUGGAGGACCAGAUCCAGCAGAUACACAAGGUCAAGGGUCUCCUCCCAGAUGAAGAGAAGGAGAAAAUCGGUCCGAAGCCGGUGUUGUCGUCGGCCCGCGGAGCCAUCAUCCAGCGGCCGCCGCCUCCGCCCGCGCCGCCGCGCGUGUCGGCGCCCGCGCCGCAGCCCGCGCCGCCGCCCGUGCUGCUGCAGCCCAUUCCGCCGCUGAUGGUGAUCCCGCCCAUGGCGCCGCGCCCACCUCUCAUACCCACGCCUGUGGGUGCACCGUUCGGGUUCCCCGUGCCCGGAGUGCCGGGCGGUGUCGGGGGAGUGCCGGUGCCUCCUCCGCCGGAAGAGGACGAGCCUGCAGCGAAGAGAGCCCGCACCGAAGACGCUCUGGAGCCGGAGCAAGUGUGGCUCGCUGCUCACCCGGGGAUAGUGCCUCUACAGGUGGCGCUGCCGUCGCUGCCGGACCGCGCCGACUGGCGGCUGGACGGGCGCACGCUGCAGCUGCAGCUCGCGCUCGCCACGCCGGUCGCCGAGCUCAAGAACAUCGUGCAGCGCUCCACCAACAUGCCCACCGCCAAGCAGAAGCUGCAUUACGAGGGGCUGUUCUUCAAGGACACGAACUCGCUGGCCUACUACAACCUGCCGCCCGGCGCCGUGCUGCAGCUGCAGGUCAAGGAGCGCGGCGGGAGGAAGAAGUGACCCUAGCGGUCACAGUCAUUCAUGUCACAGUUCCAUUUAUUGCAUUGCAAGCAGGAUAUACCAAAUGUUCUAUGAGAUAUUGUGGUUCAAAUAAAUAGAUUUAUUCUACAA